AUUUUAGCAAAAUUGCAUAUCAUAUUAACAAUUAUUUGUACAUAUUUAUGCCACGGUGCUGCGAUUUUAAAUGAUACUCCUUUAGAUACCAUUGUAGUUAAUGAAGGAGAAGAGGCAUUAUUAGAUUGCGUAGUAAGAAAUAUUGGUAAUUAUACAGUAUUAUGGAGAUAUACUCAGAAGGAUACAAAUUCAUCACAACUUUUAACUGCUGGAUUAGUGAAAAUAGUAACAGAUAAUAGGUUUUCCCUUCACCAUAAAAAUGACGACGAUACCUGGAUAUUAAGUAUUAAUCCAGUUAGAAAAAAUGACACCGGUCGUUACAUUUGUGAAGUAAAUACUUCUCCAAAGCUACAAAUAAACAGAAUUCUUGUUGUUUCAACUGAAACCAAAUCAAAUACUCAAACACUAACAAAGCAUAAUUUUACAGAUUGUUGUAUACGCAGCAGAGUUCCAGCAAGUUGUUUAGAAUUUUGUAGUUUAAAUUCAAUAUUAGGUGGUAAUCACCCGAAUCCAUGGCAAUGCAUGGAUCAUCUGCCAGCUAUCACGAGAUGCUUGACAGAUGGUCGCAAUCAUUUGCCAUGUUGUGUGAGACAAAAUAUACCUGAAGAAUGUCGGCCAGUUUGUAUCGGAAGCUACGGCUUAUCUACUGUCCUUCAACAUUAUACAUGUAUGGAACAUACUUUGCCCACAUUGGCUUGCAUUGCAGAAGGAAUUGAACUUCUCCCUGGACCACCAAAAGAAUUAACUAUCUUACCAUUAUCAUCUAGUCAAUUGAAGGUAUUCUGGAAGCUUCCUCAUCAAAAUAUUAAUAUAAGUUACUUUAAAAUGAAUGUAACACAAUUAUAUAUGUUAAAUAAUGAAGGUUAUUUUGUGCAAGAUGACAUAUUUAUAGAUAAUAAUAGUACUGCAUUAUCCACCAUGAAACAAUUUACGUUUAAAAUACCGAGCAGAGAAACGUCCUACACAGUGAAUAAUUUAUUACCUCUUACUAUGUAUGAAGUUCAAAUGGUUUCCGUUAACGCACACGGAACUAGUUUACCGACAUAUGCUUCCAGGGCUAUUACUUUCAGUAAUAACGAUACAAAUAAAAUAAUACCACAAACUACGGUUCCUCAUCUGCCCGACGUUAUCGGUUGCUGCGAACAGAGAGGUGUUCCUCUGGGACGUUGUCUUCGUACCCUGUGUGAUCCAACCCGAGCCGAACAAACAAGAUUAACAGAUAUUAUGGUCUGUGCUCCUUGGGCAAAUGUCACAUUUGAAUGUAUGGCAGGAGGAGUAGAUCACUCGGAAUGUUGUCAGAGAAGAGGGUUGCCUGAAGUUUGUAUGGACUUCUGUCACGGAAACAUUAGUCGUAUCGAUUAUAGACAUUUCAUUUGUUUAGAAUACAUGUCUGUAUAUAGCAACUGCUUACUCGAACAUUACGGCAUUCUUCCCGGACCUCCUGAAGAUUUUGCCGUUGCGAGCAUCCACGCUCAUUGGGCAAUUUUAAAAUGGGAAACACCACACACAUUAGCACAUACAAUUACUAGUUAUGCUCUCUACUGGAAAGAAAUAUCAUCUGAUUUUGAUUAUAAUGUUUUACCUGAUGUUAGAUCACCGACAGUUUUGGAUAAAUUGCAACCUGCAACUAGAUAUGAUGUUUACGUCGUUGCCAAAAAUAAAUACGGCACGAGUCAAAAUUCCGUUCAUGCCGUUUUCAUGACUCGGCCGCUUCCUUCCGAAAAAGAUUUUGAAGUAAAUAAUGAAUCUGUUUACAACGUAACUGCAUGUUGUAUAUCUGCAAAACUGAGAUCAAGCUGUCUUCCUCUGUGUACAUAUAAUGUAAAAAUGUCCGAUCUUGAAUUUUUGGCUCUUACCUGCGCUAAUCAAAUGGAUGUAUUGAUACGUUGCGGAGCCGGAGGAAGAAAUCAUAUUCCGUGCUGUCAGCGUCGUGGCGUGAAAUGGGAUUGCCUGACGUUAUGCGAAGGUGUCUUAGAAUCACCUCCACAUAUCGUAGCUCCUACCUGUUUGGUCGAUAUUGGAAAAAUAGUGCAGUGUAUGAGAGAAGGUGCAGAUAUUUUGCCAGGACCUCCAGAAGAACUACAUACGACUCUUGUAAAUUCAACCGGGAUACAAAUUCAAUGGAGUGCCCCAUCUGAAAAUGCUGCAACUAUUACAAGUUAUGAAGUACGAUACACAGAAAUUGAAGAUAAAUAUCCUCCAAAUCCCUUAUACUAUAGUGAUACACUGAAUGUAAGUGGUACAGAAACAGAAUUGGAAAAUCUUAAAGCAAAUACUUAUUAUAGUAUCUAUGUUAUUGCAAUUAAUGAAUUUGGAAAUUCACUUCCAUCUCUUGUAUUAGUUGUUCAAACACCUUCAUCAGGAAGUAAUAAUACCACCAUUAUCAGUGGCUUGAGUCCUCCUCAUUCUUUAGAAGUCACUCAUCAGACUACAGACUCAAUAACAGUUGCUUGGCGUCCACCACUGCAUAUUCCUCCUGAUGCAUUUCUAACGUAUAUCGUCUAUUAUCAAGCAGCUAAUAUCAGUGACAAUUUGGAAAAUUCGACAACCACGGCUGCUACGUCUUUUACCAGCAUUUUGAUUACUAAUUUAACACUGAAUACACAAUACGCAAUUGCAGUGAAAGCAAGAGGUGGAUCGGAAGAGAGUCAUCUGUCCGAAAUGAUAUUUGCAUGGACUGAUCCCGCCAUACCCGCAUUUUUAAAUCCUCCGGUUAUCAUAUCUCCCGAACCUCUCUUAGAAGGCAAUAACGUAACUGUGCUCUGUGUCGCAACUGGUAUACCCAUUCCUACUGUGUCUAUAUUUCUUAAUGGACAAUUACAAGUUGAACAGCAGCAGAGUCACGUGGCGUUAGUGACACCUCAUAUAUACAGAAAUGCUUCGAAAGUAGAUUGUUAUGCAGAUAAUGGAUAUGGAGAAGGUGCCCAGAGUUCUUUAAAGCUAAGUGUAAAUUUUAAACCCGAAAUAGAAACUAUUGCCAGCAGUACAAUCAAUGCCGAAGAAGGACAAUCCGUUAGAUUGCAAUGUAUUGUUUCCAGUAAUCCAAAACCUCAAAUUACUUGGUAUCGAGAUUUAUCUCAACAAAAACCUAUCAGAAAAGCACCAAAUUUUGAAAUUCAGUUGUCACCUCAUCACGAGGAGAUGUACACGUAUGUUGCGAGUUUGGCUAUACCAAAGGUCACCAAGCAAGAGGAAGGACAAUAUCUUUGUGUUGCUGAAAAUCAGUUUGGAAAUGCUAAAUUUCCCAUGAAGUUAAAAUUAUCAAGAUAUUUUAAUCAGAGCAUUAUGGAAUGUUGUAAAGAAAAAAAUGUACAGAGAGAAUGUCAAGACGCUUGUGAACGAGGACUUGCCAUCGAAGAGAUCAUGAAUCGCCCGCAUUGUCUCAAAGAUUUGGAUAAAUUAAUGAACUGUGCAGCAGAUGAAAGAGAUCACAGACCGUGUUGUCGUGAGAGAGGAAUAGCGCAUAGUUGUUUGAAGUGGUGCAAAGGUCGUCCGGUUUUUAACAUCAACAUGUGUGUCUUAUCUGCUGCAAAAGAUAUUGUUUCCUGUUUUGAAGAAGGAAAAGCCGUUCUUCCCGGUCCUCCCUAUAAUGUGGUGACAAAGCAAAUUUCACGUACUUCGCUUCGUAUAACCUGGGAGAAACCCUUAAAAAAUCCCCAGAUGGUCCAGUGGUACAGAGUAUUUUGGCGACCGGUGGGAACCAGGAACACUUUUCGUAAUCAGACAAAAAAGAAUCUAUUUACCUUAAAGAACUUGAAACCGGAAACAACUUACGAAGUAGCUUUGAAAGCUGGAAAUCGGUACGGAUUGAGCACUCAUACAAAACCUAUAGUUUUCACAAUGCGCAAUUCUAAAUAUAUCAAAGAAAGACUUGUUGACGGAAAUGGAUCUACACUGAAAAUUGCAAUCGGAGCAAUCGUCGGUGUUUUGUUGCUGGUGUUGUCUGGAGCAGUCGCAGUCUAUUUAUAUAUAAAAUUUCAUGGAAAACCGAGAACGCCGGCGACAGUAUCGUUUGAAAAUCCGACGUAUAUGAAAGAAACGAUACCAAAUAAUUCGCAACCUUCGACGGAACGAAAUGGCAUCUCGACAGGAAACGUGGGAUAGUGCUAAUUUCUCCUCAAAGUGAUUCAUUUAUAUCUAAAAGAAACAAAUUUAUUGUUAAUAGGUGAUGUAUACAGAUAGAAAAAAAGAUAUACAUAAAGAAUAAAAUACCUGCUGAGUAGGUUUUAGGACAUCCAUUGAUUGGAUCCUUAGUGUUGAGUUCCAAAAAGGAUUUUUAUCCAUGCAAAUAUCAAGCAUUUAAAACAAAAACUCUAAUUCAUCCUGAAUAUUCAUAUGCAAUACUUUUUCACAAAUCUUGUGUUAAAAUCGUUAACUGUAAAGAGUUCAUCAAUUAAAUUUUUUUAUUACUUAAUUAGGCAUGAAUCAUCGUUUCUUUUUUAACACACAAUGUCUCUGUUUGUAGUAGACAUCAUUAAACACGAAGACUCGUCGGUUCUGCUCAAAUAGUGUUUAUGUAUCUGUGAAAUAUGUGCGCUGACGAUCUUAUUCUGUAGAUAGUAGAAAAUGCAACAAAUUAUUUAGGUUAGUUCACAAAAUAUAUCUAACAGGAUGCUUCAAAAACUUUAUGAAUUGAUUCGAGUUAUAGAGCCAUUGUUGGUUAUUAGUUUUCUAGAUGGGUGCUGGAUAGCAAACCUUUUGAUGUAUUUCUAUUAAAUAAUCUUGUGAAAUUAAAUGGGAAUAGAUCUCAAAGAAAACAUAAUGUUAUGUUCCCUAUAUAUAUUAAUGUGCAUAGAAUUACUUGGCUUUUUAACAUUUAAAAUAUGUUCAUUUUGUGAUGUAUACUAGUCAAAAAUUUUUAAUUUCUUCUAAAUUGAAGCAUGCAUAGAAAUG